AUGGCAGAGAACGACUCAGCAUCUGCAAGCCGGAGGAGCAGCAUGAAGGAGAAAGAGGGCGAGGCGCAGAGCAAAAAUGUCGCUGGAGUCGAGUACAAGCAGUUCAAGCUCUUUUCGGCUAUACUAAAGGAAGCGGCACUAGACACGCCGUCUUUCCGGGCCAUGGUCAAUCACAUGGACUCGCAGCUUAUGAAAACGGAAAAAUGGAUAACGGCGGUGGCAGCGACCGUGAAGAAAAUCCCGGGCCAGGUGCGGGUGCUCGAAAACUAUCUCAAUGAGUUUUUGGAGUACUUGGUUCCGCUGGUUUUGCAAGACGGCUAUUUGGACGAGCAGUACACGUUCGCCGAGCUCCGGCACACCAAGUCGGGGCUUAAAAACCUCUGGAAGGUGGCCAUUGCGAUGGUGCUGGUGUCGCUUCCAGAGAUUGAAAGGCUCCAGCACAAUAUCUCCAAAAGAGUGGCGGCGUACCAGCAGCACCGGCGGCGGUUUAUGGCGUGCCAGGAAAAAUAUGACCGCUUUUUGCUGAUUCACAUGGCCACACCCAAAUCGAAGGAGCCUGCGCUAGUCAAGGAGGAUCUGUUGGAAUUGUAUGCUGCCCAUAAAGAGUAUCUCCAAUUGUCGCUUGAUGCGGUCAUGGAGAUGAUUGACUUGGGCACCAUGAUCAACGAGAGCGUCUCUCAGUUCAACUAUUUGCUCUGGAGCGAUAAGGUCAGCCGCGCAAAUGACAACCCGGCCGUGCUUAGCCUUUUCCAGGAGACGUGGACCACCGUGCAGAAAAUACGCAACUUCUACGAGCAUUUCAAUCCUGCGCUCAAAAAGUUGGAGCCAGACUUGCUCUUGGCUCGCAAGAACACAGAGGAGCACACCAAUGCCGAGUAUCUUCCUCCUGCCAACUUGAACGACUAUAGAACGCUGUCCAUCAACUUCCGCAUGUUGCACGACCCCAACGAGCAGGCAGUAGAAAAGCAUGGCUACUUAUUUAUGAAAACAUGGGUUGACCGCCUGUCUAAACCCGUCUGGGUCCGCCGCUGGGCGUUUGUGCAAGGUGGAGUUUUUGGUUUCUUGGUGCUCAGCCCCACAGGCACUUCUGUCCAAGAAACAGACAAGAUUGGCCUCCUCUUGUGCAGCACCAAGUACGCCCCCAACGAGGAUAGACGCUUUUGCUUUGAGCUCAAAACCAUGGAUACCACAUUGGUGUUGCAAGUCCAGACCAUGGCCCAACUCAAACUGUGGCUUACUGUAUUUGAAAACUCCCGGCGCCGCAUUGCUGACGAAAACGAUCCGAUGCACCAACUCGUCCAUAUUGCUAGUGGUCGCUAUCCUCCUUUGGUGAUGGAGUUCCUGUCGUCGCUCAAUUCUGUGAUGGAUCGUGAUAUCACCAAUACAAGAAUUGUUUCGGCCAAAAACGAAGUGAUCAUGUCCAGCCGGUUGUCUGCGCACAUUGAAAAGAAUGAGAAGCUCUUCCAGCGGUAUGUGUUUCAGCAGGUGUCCCAGAUUGCUUUCCCUAUGGUGACUGAGUUGUCCCGGCCCUCGCUUAUCGCCUACAGUUUAACGGGCGAAACAGCAGUUCCAACAGCACUCUGCGCAAACUUGUGGGGGUCCCGCAACUGGGGUGUCUUCUAUGUUAAUGAUAUGGUGGGCGUUAACCCAAUCACAGAGAUACCUAAAGCAGAGGAAACACGUCUGAUUGGUGAGGGUAUGGUCUUGCCCAAAAACUAUCCGAACAAGUGGGUCGCCAGGGAUGUCCAAAUGCGGGCAUUGUUUGAGUCGAUUUUGGAGCCAGAAGAGUGCUGCCUUGUGCUGUUUCUGUGCUUAUUGUCACCCAACCCGCAGCAAGAACUCCGGAGCACAGUGUUCAUCACUCAAAGCCACUUUUAUGCUUACAUCAACACACUAGGAUUCAUUUCGUUGCUUAAAGCUCCGGUGAAUCGGUUUGCCGAGGCCAAGCUCGUGCAGAAAAAGGACUACGAGGUGUUGAAAGUCACCCACGUGGCUGGUCUGUUAAAGCUGAAACUCUUCUUGGAGGAUGGCAAACUUUUGGCAGAAAAGCUCAAUUGCGUCUUUACCAAUGAUGCUCUGGACAAACCGUUAGGAGUGACUCCUCUCAUUGAAAAAUUGGUAAAAAUUGAAACCGAUUACAACAACGAAAAGGCCAAGCAGAAGAAGAUGUUCGCAAUCAACGGUUCCCCAGAAACAAAGCCCGAGUCGUUCGAACGAGUCCUGAAGGAAGACAGCAAUCCGCCACUGCGACAGGUCGAAUUUGAAUCGGAUGUUUUUUUCGUCAAGGAACAUGUGGUAAAGAUGCCGCCGCAGGCAUUGUUUCACGUUCUUUUCGGAAUCCGGUCUUCUGUUUUGGACAGUUCAUACAAAUCCGUAUCUGUUUCGAUUAGUGAUAAACCAAUGUGGUAUGAGGACCCACUGCUGGGACAUUUGACGAGAGAAUUCAAUUCCGAGUUACUCUACUACACUGGAAGAAAAGGUAAAGUACGGACAAAACAGGAGAUAGAACACAAGUUGGAGAAUGAGUAUUACAGUGUUAAAACUACACAGUCUAACUUUAAAGUCAACUACGGGCCUGAGUUCCGCUUUGUGAGCCGUUUUAUUAUUGAAGGCAUCGAGGGCGGCAAGUCCAAAAUGAAGUUCUUUUCCACAGUUAAAUUUGACCGCAAGUGGAUCUGUAGCGGUUUUUUCCGCUGGUUUGGCAACACUCUUAUUAAUUCAUUCUACCACACAGUGUGUACGCGUGUGGACGAUGCAGCCAUCAGCUUUGGAAACAGCGGAAAAAUCGUCAAGGCUAUUUACUAUUAUGGAAAAAUCCCCGUGGCUGACGUUGCCCCGAAGUGCCCACCUACGGGACCGGCACGGAUUAGUCUUGUGACUAUUGUGCGCUUAGUGUUCCGAUCAGUGAUGACGUCGGCACUUUCGUGGACACUUCUUUUCUUGUGGAAUUCCUGGCGGUGUUUCUGGGCCAUCAUCGACCGAUUGACAGUGCACUUUUUGCUUUUGAUGGUGAUUGGUCUUUUGACAGCAUCCAACGUUUUCCUUUGUGCACGCAACACACUGCACUAUUGGAAUUCUAGAGCAGCAACAGGGCUCGUUAAGGAGAUGUACCAUUACGACCCGGUGGUUUUAGAAAAGGCAUUGUAUGUGAAGGAUAUGGAGACAUUGAUUAGCAACAAAUCUGUCUUUGGCAAGGGCUCAGAAUGCAUGCGGUCAUUUGAGAAUCAAUCUUUCGUUUUGAACUAUAACCAGCCUGUGGCUUGGGAAAAUAUCUACAAUGAUGGCAUGACACGCGGCGUUGCACGACAACUCAAACAGUCUCUUCAAGACAUUGGUGUUAAACGCAACCAAUUACUAGUGAGCUUGCGCAUGCUCAAUGAUCUCGAGCAGGAACUUGCAUUUGGCGAAUGGCGCAACUGGUUGCUUAACGAGCUUUCCAAAUGUGACAUGGUGCUCGGAGCAGAGCACGAUAGUGAUGUUGUGCAAGAUCUCGAUGAGCUUCAGCGUUAUUGUCGAAGCUGCUCUGAAGAGUUCACUUCGAUGGGCGACUUGACAUAG